UCUGGGGCUCAGGCACAUCUCCAUGUAGGGAAUUUUCGGUGUAGAAACUGCAGCCGACCCUCGGUCACCCCCUGGUGUAGCUUUCCUUAAAGGACCAUGCGAUGAACUCGUGGAAGACCUGUGAGUGGUGGAUGCGAACUCGCAGCCUCUUCGGCCUUGUCUCUCUCUACGGGUGCACGGUGAAGGAGCGCCAUGUGCAGUUCAAAAGUGUGGAUGACGCCUGGUGCUCGGACUGGCACUGGGAUUCGCCGGAGGCACCGGAAGGAGUCAACAAGGAGCGUUGGGUGAGGUUCCAAGAGGAGGUGAGCCUCACUGUCAAGAACAACGGAAGGCGGCAGGCCGCUUACGUUUUUGGGGGCGUGGUUUUUGCUGCUUUCAUCGUUGCAGCAAUUCUGACUGCUAUAGGCUGCUUCUUCACCUUGACCGAGGCGGCGACCACGGCCUUCGUAGUGGCGCUCACCACAGGAAGUGCACUCUGUGGAUGCUGCGGCGCUUACAUCUUCACCUUCUACUGCAUGAACACUUGCGCCUUCUCCAAGGUGGAAGAGCUUUGCGACAGCUUGACUUCGGAGCAUGCCCACUGCCACAUCAAGGUGCGAUUGACCGAUAAGAAGUUUGGCCGCCAGGACUUUCGGAAAGUCAUUCACAUCAUUGAGUACAACGUGUCUGAUGCUGCAGCCCAGGAUCCAGAGGCGCAGAUCUUGGGGAACGAAACCAACCAGGGCAAUGCGCUCAAUCAACCCUCCAAUGGAUGAGGGUCGGCCAAUUUCGCGCAGCCGCUCACCAUGUGCGUCGCAUGCGCACGUCGGACGUGAGCACGGCCUGCGUGCCUCUACCGACCUUGCUGCGACCAGAGGCAAGAUGUUUUCGAAGAUCCAAGCAAGAAUGGACGAGCACGUUGUGUUUUUGUCACACCAAUUGGUCGAAGGAAGUGUGUCUUCACAAGCGUACACAUCCCCUAGUGAGGCAUGUUCCUGGAU